AUGUUUGAAUGCAGAAUAGAUGGUCAAUUUUUUAAAAAGUUAUUCGAAACGUUGAAAGAUAUAUGUACAGAAGUAAAUUUAGAAUGUGAUGAAAAUGGAAUUAAAAUGCAAUCGAUGGAUUGCAGCCAUGUAUCCUUAGUUGAUUUGAAUAUAAUGUCCGAUUUUUUUCAACAUUACAGAUGUGAUAAAAAAUGUGUUUUAGGGAUAAGUAUAAAUUUCAUGCUGAAAAUAUUAUCUGUGAUAAAAGAAAAGUCUACCGUUUUUUUGUUUAAGGAGGAUAAUGAAAAUGAUGCAGUUUUAAAUAUAGGAAUUAUAGAUGAAGAAGAACAAUCUAGUACAGAAGACUCGUUAGAAAUUCAAGUUAAAUUAAUUAACACACAAAAGGAACAUUUGGAAAUACCUCAAUCUGAAUAUCAUUGUCAAUGUACAAUGAAAUCUAAGAAAUUUCAAGAAUUUACAAAAUAUUUAAAUUCUAUUGGGGAUAAUGUAUCUAUAUCGAUGAAAAAAGAUACUAUGAUUUUAAGCACAACAGGCUCAGAUAUAAAAGUAACAAAGCAAUUUACAAAUGAUAUGCCCGAUGUAUCUAUUACAUGCUCAAAAUAUGUUUCACAAGAAUUUGCAACACGAUAUUUGGUUAUGUUUUCACGAGCUUCAGCUUUAUCGGAUGAAGUUUUAAUUUCUCUUUCUCCAAAUAUUCCAGUGUCUAUCAAAUUUAAUUUCAAACAGCAAUUAACAGAAUUACCUGACAAUUCACAUUUGACCUUUUUCUUAGCUCCUAAGAUUGGGGAAUACUAA